CGGGAGCAAUUCUCUCUCCUUUCUGCUUGCGGCGCGUACGCGCACGUUUCUUUUGCGAGGUAGGCCUGAGCAGCGCGGGACGACGCGCGGUAUAACUGUUUAGACUGCUCGCCAUUCUCUUUUCUUAGUAUAAAUUUUUUGUAUGCUGUAGUCAGUAUGGCUUUUAAGAAAACUCCCGCCCAAGCUCAGAAGGCUGGCCCGAAAAGUGCAGCCGAGGCUGGAAAGAAGGCACCUCCCUCGAAGAAACCGCAGGCAGCGAAAGCAGAUGACGACGACGACUUGGAUGAGGAAGAUGACGAUUUUUCUAUGGACGAAGACUCUGAUCUCAGCGGAGCUGAUGAAGACUUAGAUGAUGAGGAGCUUGACGAUGAGGAGCUUGACGAUGAGGAACUUGACGAUGAAGAACUGGAUGAUGAAGAACUUGAUGAGGAAUCUGAAGAUGAGGAUGUGCCAGCUCUGAAGGCCACAAAGCAAGCAUCUGCUGCAUCAAAGGCACAAGGACAGCAGCAGAAAAGCCCUGUCAAGCAGUCUCAGUCACCUAAGGAGAAAGUUCCUGUGGUGGCAGCUGUCAAUGGCAAGCGUAAGGCAGAGUGGGAAGCAGGCUCCUCUCCAGCCAAGAAGAUUCGAUUAGAAGAUCAUAUUCCAGCAUCCUUUGUCGUUGAUUAUGAGGCCCGAGACCUGUGUGAUGUCAAGCUGGCUUCUUUUCCUGAUGGCGUUACAAAUGAUGAUGUCAAGAAGCUCUGCAAGGAUGGUACUGUAGUGCGAGAAAUCGUACAAAACAAAAAACUCGUGUGUGCUUUCGUGCGGUAUCCCAACAAGGAAAAGGCUGUGGCAGCUGUGCGCUCGUUGCGGGGGACCAACCUAAAAGGGGUUGCCAUCAAGGUUUCAUAUUGUGGUGAACGAUGGACCAAUCCAGCAUCGUGUCCUCAGUUCCAACCGGACACUUUGGAUGUGCGGCGAGUACCUAAAGAGUACCAAAACAAGCAAAAGCUUUCUGCACUAUUCCCCACAGGCGAAGUGCUCAAGGUACAGCGAGAUGGCUAUGCCCAGGUGAAGUUCCCAUCCAGUGAAGUGCUGAUAAAAGCACUCAAGAAUCCGAAGUGCCGGACAAUUGAUGGCAAAAAUCUGGAGUUUUCCGUGGCACUUGUCCCCAAGCGCAAACAUACCAAGGCUGCAGGCUUCAAGGCAAAUCAGAAUGCUGUCUUAAGCCCCCAAAACAAGAAGGCUAGAAAUGCAGCCAAACAGGAAGCAGAAGCAGCCAAGACCCCCACAAAAGGCCAGACUCCCAGCAAACAGCCUAGUAGCCCUACUCUGAAGGGCUCACCUCACACUCCUACCCCUCAGAAGAAGCAGAGGCGGAAGAGAUCGAAGACGCCUGGGCAGCAAACGGGACCCAAAACACCCGGGCAGCAAGGGGGACCCAAAACACCCGGGCAGCAAGGGGGACCCAAGACGCCCGGGCAGCAAGGAGGACCCAAGACGCCCGGGCAGCAAGGAGGACCCAAGACACCCGGCCAGCAAGGGGGACCCAAGACGCCCAAGCAGCAAGGGGGACCCAAGACACCCGGGCAGCAAGGGGGACCCAAGACACCCGGGCAGCAAGGGGGACCCAAGACGCCCGGGCAGCAAGGGGGACCCAAGACGCCCGGGCAGCAAGGGGGACCCAAGACACCCGGGCAGCAAGGGGGACCCAAGACACCUGGGCAGAGGGGGUCGAAGACACCAGGCCAAGCAAAAGGAGGUGCCAAGACACCCAAAGGAACACCUAACCAUAAGACACCUAGAAUGAAAGGAACUCCAGCCAUGGCUUGAGAAGCGUCACAAGUGUUUUUAACAGCUGUGAAUAGAGGGACUGAAGAAAGGGCAGGGUUGGGAGGACAUCUUCUUGCAACAUGACAGUGCAGUAUGGUUCACUCAAAGGAAACACCAAAUAAAUAUGGCAGUGCUAAUUAUCGCUCUGUUUUGGUAUAAAUGUCUGAAAAGUAAUUUUUCAUCAAUACAUGUAUACCUAAUGCAUCACAUCUGGCACUUUAUCCCUAUUAAUGUAAAGAAGUGUUGAUGCUGGCUUAAAUAGUUUUUAGGUGUUGCCUUCAUGAGUGGACCAUGCAGAACAUUGCCAUAGUCACUUGGCAUUAUUAAUACAGUCUACCAUAAUUCCAUCAUGUUAGUGUCGAAUAAAGUGUUUGACCAUUCUA